AUUAACAAAUACUACAAAUUCAAUUCAAAUCAACAACAAUAUCAACAAAUGUGUCACUAAAUUGGGUGACAUUGUCGUGAAGAAUGGCCGCACAAAUGGUCAAACCGGUGGUCAGCCCUUCGCACCCGUCAAUGGAAACAUCGCGGCGAUGGCCAACAACAACAACCUGAACAAUACACCACAGCCUCUGCCGGCAAUUGGCGGCCAUCAUCGGCAGCCGCAACGGGUCAGACACUACUCGCAGCAACAAUUGGCCAAUAAUUUAAUUAAUCAGACGCUAAAUGGUUCGGUCAAAGCCAGCAAAGACAUUGACGAGGACUCAAUCAACUCGUUUGAUUGCGAAGAACACGUCAAUUAUCUAAAGAGGAAGAUUGAAUCGACAUUACGCGAGGCAAAAGAGGCAAAGAAAUUAAGCUGCACUGAGAUACUGAUCCCCCAUCAGCUGACACAACACAUCGCACAAGAUAUCAUAGCCAUGGCCGAGACCGAGCCCUGCGGUCUACGCGGAUGCUGUCUCUACAUUAAUAUCGAAGAGAAGACACUCUGCCGACGGUUGGGCGAAGUCAGGCUCGACAAGGGCUCAGUUCCCACAUUCGAGAUGUAUUUAACGCUGAAGAGAGCCAUUCCCGGAUGGAUUGAUGCAUUCGAGAACCGACUCCUUCGCAAAGAGUCAGUCAUUCUCUCCGAAGUCUAUCGGAUCUCCAAAAAGAAGCUCUAUAGAAGUCUUGGAUCUCCUUAAUAUAUAUAUAUAUAUAUAUAUAUUUACCACAAUUAAAAAAAGACAAAUACAAAAUACAAAUUAUUAUUAUAUAAAACAAUAAAACGCUAGUAUUUUUUGAGUUGCGUUCAAUAACGCCAACCCAUCGCCACAUACACACAGACAAACCAUACACACAAACACCACACAUACCUCCAUACCAUUACCACCCGAUCAUCCCAUUCCUCACUAUUCCUCAACAUAUAAUCCUUCAAUCCAUCCAAUCAAUUAAUAAGUAAUAAACACCUGAUCCGUUACCAUAUCAUUGUCCAUCGAUAACUCCCGAUAUCCCCUCUAUUUUGGCAUUCAAUUCCCAUUUCCACCCAUCCAUGUCUACACUUUUCGCCCAUCACUUGUUCACUACAACAAAAAAUGUCUUAAAAUCCCACCAUUUGAUAGAUAAACUAUAUUUCAAUUGCUAAUUAUUAUUAAUAAUUAUAUUUUAAAAAAUACAGAGAG